GAGAAGAAGAACAAACCAAUAUAACUCCAAAAUACACCGAACAACAAAAAAUGGCGUUGAUGAGUUCAAGAACAACACAAGACAACUUAGUUAUGGUUCCCACCAGAUUGAAUCACCACCAGUUAGACUCAAAACCCUCCGGCGAACAGAAAGUCCCCGUCGUUUAUUAUCUCAGCCGGAAUGGCCAACUCGAUCACCCACACUUCAUUGAAGUACCUCUCUCUUCUCAAUACGGUCUCUAUCUCAAAGAUGUGAUCAAUCGAUUGAAUGAUCUACGAGGCAAAGGAAUGGCUUCUCUCUACUCUUGGUCUUCAAAACGAACUUACAAGAACGGAUUCGUAUGGCACGAUUUAUCAGAGGAAGAUUUCAUUUUUCCCGUUCAUGGCCAAGAAUAUGUACUCAAAGGCUCUCAAAUUCUUGACCUUGAUAAUAACUCCGGUAAAGAAUCUAACUUCUCUGCCGUCACUCACCGGCGUAACCAGUCUUGGAGCUCUAUUGAUCAAUACAAAGCGCCCACUGAGUCAACUCGUAAACUCGCGACGGAUGCUUCAACACAGACUGAUGAUUGUCGGCGGAGGAAAAGUCCGGCGAAAGAGGUGGAUGAGAUCACUGAGCUGAGUAGAGAAGAGGUUGCUUCGCCUCCACAGUCAGAUUCGAGUCCAGAAACAUUAGAAUCAUUGAUGAAAGCAGAUGGACGGUUGAUAUUGUUUCCGGAAGAUCAAGAAUUGAAUCGGACGGUUGAGAAGAUGCGUCCUUCGGCUGUUCUCAUGCAGUUGAUAUCGUGUGGUGCGAUGUCGUUCAAGAAAUGUGGUCCGACGCUAAUGAAUGGGAACACGAGUAGUACGGUGGAAUGGAGAACAGGUAAUUAUAGGCUCGAGAGGGCAGAGAAGGAGUUAAGGAGUUUUGGAAGGGUAAAAUUGGAAGAGAAAGAGUAUUUUAGUGGUAGCUUGAUUGAUGAGAGUAGUAGUAAGAAGGAAGUUGUUCCUGCUUUGAAGAGGUCUUCUUCUUACAAUAUUGAUAGGUAAACAAACAUCAAUAAUAAUAACUCUCUUUUUAAUUACUUCUUGUUGGUGAAACACCACGAUGUUUUUAUUUGAACAUGCCAACAAUUGGUUGUUUGUGUGAGUAGAUGUAAGAGCUUAAAUUGAUAAAGUGUAGAAGAACGUUUUGGCAUUUAUUCUUUUACCGAAAAGUCUCAUAAACUUGUUUGAAUAAUAACAUUAUAGGUAG